AUCUAUUGAAGAAGAAAAUGUUGAAGAAUCAGCGGUUGAAGAUGCUGUUGAUGAAGAACCGAAGAUAGUAGCAAGGAAAAGUAGUAGAAAGUCAGUGGUUCCAUCCGAGAAAAGGAGGAAGGUGGAAGUGAUGAAGACAUGCCAGAAGAUCCCGAUGUUACUUCUGAAAGCAACAUUGAAAAUGCUCUUAAUAACAGUGAAGUGCUUGAACAUGAUACAUCUGUAGAAGAAGUAGUUGUGGAAGUACCUGUGGCUGUUUCCAGGAAGAGCUCAAGGAAAUCUUUAGCUGCUGUUCAAUCUGAGGACAAAGAGGAACAUUCAAAUGAUGUUGAUAUGAUUGAAGAACCAACUGUUUCUGGAAGAAAGAGUACAAGGAAAACCCCAAGCAAAUCCAGAAAAUCCGAAAUUGAUAAUUCUGCAAAUGAUGUGGUGUCAAGGAAGAGUUCCAGAAAGUCUAUGGCAAAGAUUGAUUCCAAUGAAGUAGAAGAUGAUAUUAUUUAUGAAGAAGUUGAGGAACCUAUUGUGACAUCUACCAAGAGUUCAAAGAAAUCAAUACUCGCUCCAGAAGCUAUUGAAGAUAUGACCACAAAUGAUGCUGAAGAACAAGAGGAGAAUUCAGAGAAUGAAUCUACUCCUGAAGAACUAGCAGUUUCUGCAAGAAAAAGUGUGCGGAAAACUCUGAAUAAAUCUGAAAUCUCCGUGAAUGAAGUGGUUUCAAGGAAGAGUACUAAAAAGUCCCUGGCUAAUGAAGAAUUGAAUGAUGCAGAUGAUGAUAUUUUCGAGGUUGAAGACGUUGAACCCGCUGUAUCGUCUAGAAAGAGUUCAAGUUCAAGAAAAUCUGUCAAGGCUAUUGAUGCUGCUAACAAUGAUUCUUCAAUUGUUAUCGAAUCCGAUGAAGAGCAAACAGUAGAAGAUGUGCCAGAAGUAGAAGAAGUUGUCGUUUCAAGGAAGAGUAUGAGGAAAACACUUAACAAGCUUGAAACACCCAAACAAAGUAAAUCAAAUGAUGAAGCUGUAACAAGAAAAAGUUUUAGAAAGUCAAUGGCUAAGGUCGUCUCCACUGAGGCUGAGACUGAGGUAAAUGAUAUUAACAAUGAAGACGUGAUUGAAGAAGCACCAGUUGAAUCUUCUGAAAAGAGUGAAAAGGAUUUACCCUCUGAACAUGAUGAAUCUAUGAAUGAAGUUGUUUCAAGGAAAAGUGUUAGAAAAUCUGUUGCAAAUGCUGAAUCUAUUAAUGUAGAUGAUGUUGUUGAUGAAGAAUCAUCAACAUCCGAAGAACCAGUAGUUUCUUCAAGGAAGAGUGUGAGGAAAACUCUUAACAAAAUUGAAACACCUAAACAAAGUAAAUCAAUUGAUGAAGGUGUAUCAAGAAAAAGUGUUAGAAAGUCAAUGGCUAAGAUCGCCUCCGCUGACACUGAGGUAAAUGAUGAUAUUAACAGUGAAGAAGUGAUUGAAGAGGCACCAAUUGAUUCUUCUGAAGAGAGUGAAAAAGAUUUACCAUCUGAACAUGAUGAAUCAACGAAUGAAGUUGUUUCAAGGAAAAGUGUUAGAAAAUCUGUUGCUAACGUUGAAUCUAUUGAUGUAGAUGAUGUUGCUGAGGAAGAACCAUCAACAUCCGAAGAACCAGUUGUUUCUUCAAGGAAAAGUGUGAGGAAAGCACUAAGCAAGCCUGAUACAUCUGUUGCUGUGGUCACUCUCAACGAUACAAAUGAUGAUAUUUCUGAUGACGAUUUGAUUGAUGACUCGGUUGUGUCUUCUGCUGAAAAUAAGAGGAAAACUCUCAAUAAAUCAGUAACAUCUCAACAAGAUACGUCUUUGAAUGAAGUUAUUGAAUCAUCUGAAGAUGAAGCAACUCAACAUGAUGAAUCUUUACAUGAUGAGAUUGUGGAAGAAUCAACUGCUUCAAGGAAAAGUUCUAGGAAGUCAUUGGCUAAGGAAGAUUCCAAUGACCAGGAGGAGGAGGAAACUUCAAAUGAAGAAGAUAUUCCUAAAGAAAUUGUCGUUUCAAGGAAAAGUGUGAGGAAAACAUUCAACAAAGUUGACUCAACUGAAGAAAAUGAAGCCGAACCAAGAAAAAGUAUCCGAAAGUCCAUGGGUAAAGGAGUAACUAUUGAGAAUGAAGAUGGUGAUAGUUCAGUAGUCACAACUGCUUCAUCUAGGAAGAGUGUGAGGAAAACAAUUAGCAAACCUGAAUCUUCAGAACAAGAAGACACUCCACAGGAAGUUCUAUCAAGAAAAAGCAUCCGUAAAUCUUUGGCCAAAACAAAUUCACUACCAGCUGAUGAAUCCAAUGACCUACAACCUGAAAUCAGUGAAUCUGACGAUUCUCUUCAAGAUCCACCUUCAAGGAAGAGCUCUGCAAGGAAAACACUUACAAAUGGUGAAUCUGAAAAGACUGGUGAAGUACUAUCUAGAAAGAGCAGUAGGAAAUCAACUCAAGAAUAUGUUACACGUAGGAGCGCAAUAAAAUCAGCAGAGAUUGAUCAAGAUUUGAGCAUUGAGAUAUUUGAUAAUGAAGAUGAAGACACAGCAACACCUGAUGCCGAUGAUGAUCAGUCUACUGACAAAACAGUUUCGUCAUCAAGGAAAUCUUUAAAAUCAAGAAAAUCCGAUGUACCUGAAAUUAAAACCCCAAAAUGGUUGUUGAUGCUAACGAUGGCGCAUCUGCUUCAAAGAGGAAAUCGAAGGCAAGCAUAGCUGAAGAUAUUACACCGAAAUUAACGAAGAAGGUGAAUGCAACGCCAAACAUGGAAGAUAAUGUAUUUAAGACGCCGCAGCUGUUACCGAAAACACCAGCCAGAUCAGUUAAAAAGUCUGAGAAAAAGGCUAGCAUGGUGGAAAUGGAAUCGAACGAAUCUGAUACAAAUGAAGCUGAAUCUGAAGUAGUAGUUAAAAA